GUUGUGGGGAAAUCAGGAGCAUGUCCGAGUCUAUGCAGCUUGCUCAACACCGUCAUGGCUGCUCCAACCGCAGAGUCGUUCGCGCCCAGGCAAUCCGUUUCAGAACCAUUCUUGCAAUCUGGACCGAUUCCCCUAUUUGAACAUCACCUCAAGGUUUUGACAGACUCAUAUUUGACCUUCUUCCAAGAAAGAAAACGCAUUGAAGAAGUAUAUAUCGAGUCAUUGCUUAAACUACACCGGAAGGUGAAAUCCAUCGACAACUAUUUAGACGAUCGGACAGAACUCAGCACUUCCAGGAGAGCGUGGAGUGAGGUUCGGGAUAACGUUGAGAGAGAAGCACAAACCAGACAAGCAUUUCUUGCAACGCUUACGGUAGAUGUUGUCAACGCCUUGACGUCACUCAGGGAGACGCAGGAGCGUACGCGCAAACGCAUCAAAGAGGAUCUGAAAGAAUCUGGCAGUGCCUACAUUGACUAUGCUGAGAACACACUCCCAAAGCUGAAACGCGCUUAUUUGAAAAAAUGCCAAGAAGUUGAGGAUCACAAAGCGGCUGCCGCUGCCGCGCCCUCGCAAUCGACAGCUACUAGCACAAUGCCUUAUUCAGAACAAAGCGGAACUACUUUGAGUACCUCGCGGUCUAACCCCAGUUUGCCGUCUCGGCCUAUUGUCACUGCUCCUCAGCCGUUACGCCCCCUUGAUAGACGGCCCUCUGGGAGCGCACCUGGACCACGCAAUCGCUCACCCUCUACUUCGGGCACAUUUUCUGAGUUUGCUCAACACGGAAAGAAACAACUAAAUCAGCUUAUCACAUUCUUAGAUAAGAGCGGUACCGUUAAGGAAAGCUUAGGUGUACGCUCAGAAAAUAGCGCGCUCCGUGCUGUCCGCGCGAAACGAGAAGCUGAUGAGGCUGAUAAGGAAUAUCGAAAGGGCGUGCAUUGGCUGGAGACCCUCAGACUCAGGCGCACUAAGAUUCUGGCAAGUGGUUAUAAGAGUCUGGAGACCUUUGUCUAUGAAUAUUCGAAUACAGUCAAGAAUGUCAUGGAAAAAUAUCUUGAUAAUAUGACUGCAACUACUACGACCCAGACACAGUUAUCUUCACAUGGACGUUCUGCGGCCGACAAGAUUUCCCCAGAAAAAGAUGUAUCAUUAGUCACGACCUUCAUCCCUCGUUCACUGGCAUCAGCAAUAGCCAAGCCUAUACUUUACUACAACUACAACGUCGGCGAAUGCAACGACCUCAUCUUCGGCUUUAGCCUGGUGGAUUAUGCAACUGCUCAGGGUCUUGGGGAAGGCGAUGUUCCAAAAAUUAUGCGUAUCUGUGUAGAAGAAGUAGAUCAGAGAGGAUUAGACGCAGAAGGCAUUUACAGGGUGUCUGGCAGGCAUGCUAUUGUACAGGACCUACAACAUAAGAUAGAAAGGAACGAAGCCAGUUUCAAGUUUAACCCCUUAACCGACGAUAUUUAUGCCGUAUCCUCACUAUUGAAGCUGUAUUUGCGCGAGCUUCCGGAACCACUGUUUAGAUUUCCAUUGCAGGAUCGUAUAGAGCAUACGGCAGAUCGAUUGGAACACCAGUCGAAUCACUUUGCCCUUCUGCGUUCGAAGAUACGGCGGCUACCUGCCGUUCACCGUGCGACUCUGCGCGCUCUAGUUGAACAUCUAACUCGUGUAGCGUCCAAUGCAGAUAAGAACAAGAUGGACGCAAAGAACCUAGCGAUUGUAUUCGGCGCCGUCAUCUUCGGUGAAGAUGAAAUCCCAAAGGGUGGUGACCUUUUGAGUGUUCAGACAUGGAAAGAUACGCUGAUGGAAGACAUGAUUAUCAAUGCCCGGGAUAUUUUCGAGGACCUCCCGCCUGCGGGCAACUCCCCUCCUCUGCCUGCUGCCCCACUCGGCGAACCCAUGCCUGUGUACUCGUAUGGUUCAUCACACACAAAAAUCGGUAGUGUCCCUCCAAGGCCUCAAUCCCCGAGAAACCCAGAGGACUUCACUCCUCGUCUCCCUUCACGACCGACAGGCAGCAUACAUCCUUCGCUCCGUGCAAAUCCAACUUCGCCGACACGCGCCAACUUGGAAAUUCCACCAAUGCCAUCACCACUUGCUUCGGGCGGAGACGAUGAGUCAUCGCCGUCGCCGUCGCCCACCGGUUCUGCGUCAAAGCGCGCAGAAUCGGAGACAGACAUAUCACCACCCCCAUCGCCUUCAGUGCUGGCGUCUCCCAUCUCUCACGUGGGUGACGUAGCAAGCGAACCAAUACAAUAGGGUCAACUCUUUCUUAUGCAUUGAGUUUAUUAAUGUAUCAAGACAGAACUUUUAACAAACACUCGUUCAGGGUAAUUAGGCUUUUCUUUGUGGAUAAUUAGCGUCUACAGUAUAUUAAGCACA